AUGCGAGACUCAAACGAAGAAGAUGUAUCAACCCACACCGUGGGAAGUAGUAGCAAAGAAGAACGACGGCCUAGAUCUAGAUGGAGUAAAACCGGCGGCAACUGGCAGAAAGGCGUACGUGUUGAGGAUCAUGACGAAGUGGUUCAAGCGCGCUGGAGUUUCAAUGCUGGUGCUCUCCCAUACGAACCGGAAGAGGAUGAUGAUGGAGAUGUGAAAGCUGAAGCUCGAUGGAGUUUCAAUGCUGGUGCUGUUUCCAGUUCGUCUCCAGACAAUCUCGAGGAUGGAAACGAAAGUUUCAUUGGUGGUGCUCGCCCAUACGAAGCGGAAGAGGAUGAAGAAGAUUUGAAAACUGAAGCUAAAGCGCGAUGGAGUUUCAAUGCUGGUGCCGUCUCCAGUUCGCCGAUAGACGAUUCUGAUGACGAAAACGACGUCUGGUUGUCUCCUACUGGAACUGCCAAGAAUUCUGUCUCGAUGAUUGAAGAAGAAGACCAGAAUAUCAGCCUAAAUGAUACGGCUGAUCAAGACGCAAGUGAACGCUCCUUUGGUGAACCGUCUCCGAUUACUCCAAGAAAAAUAAGAACCCUAAAAGGAGAGAAGAUGGAAUCACCAUCACGAAGAAGGUACAUUCCAAACCCACCAGUUCCAAAAACUCCAACACAGACUUCCAAGACAGACGACGAUGAUUAUCCAUCUCCCAAGCGGGUAUAUAAUGAACUUUGUGGAGAGAACUGCGAGAAAGAGUUUCGCCUUCUGACCAAAGAGGCGCAUUCCCUCUCACCAGGCUCGAGACGUCCUCCUCCAGCACCAAUUGAUGUAUCCAAGUCGCUGACCCUAAGUGCAGCACACCGGAAACGACCUUCGGUACGGGGUGUGAUCAAAAAGCAGAAGGUUAAGAGCAUGGAGCGAAGGGAUUCGAUUCGAGAAUCGUUAGCCGAAUCGUUAGCCAGCCUUGAAUUCUAG